AAUUUUGUGCGUUACCAGCUGCAAUAAAAAAAUAUUUUAUUAUCAUUUUAUGAGUGUUGCAAGGUGACAGAUCUGCAGGCUAAAGAAAAUGAGCAAGUCACUGACGGGAGAAAAUUUGAAAAUCGCCUCUUUGGACGUCAAGGAUGUGCGCUUUCCAACGUCCCUCCAGGCUGAUGGAUCCGAUGCUAUGCAUACCGAUCCUGACUACUCUUGUGCCUACGUCACCAUAAAACUCCAAUCAGGAUUAGAAGGAUACGGACUAACUUUCACUUGCGGUAGAGGCACAGAAGUUAUCGUAGCAGCUGUAGAAUCUCUAAAGUCAUUGGUCGUCGGCCAAGUUGUAACAGAUAUCUACAAGGAAUUCGGUGUGUUCUGGAGAUCUUUAACUAGUGAAAGUCAAAUAAGAUGGAUUGGACCAGAGAAAGGAGUGACUCAUUUAGCCACCGCAGCCAUAAUCAACGCCCUGUGGGAUCUAUGGGGUAAACUCGUAAAGAAACCAGUGUGGCAACUCUUGGCAGACAUGGAACCAGAGCAACUAGUAUCCUGUAUCGAUUUCAGAUAUCUCACAAACGUCGUGACCAAAGAAGAAGCCAUUGAAAUGCUCCGAAAGGGUAAAGCAGGUAGAGAAGAGAGGAUAAAUAAGUUGCUCGAAAAAGGUUAUCCUUGUUACACAACUCAAGCAGGUUGGUUGGGUUAUUCAAACGAAAAAAUUCAACAAUUGGCACAAAAAUACAUGGAUGCCGGAUUCACAGCUUUCAAAGUAAAAGUAGGCAAGAAUCUGAAAGACGAUAGUAAAAGAUUGGAAUUUAUAAGGAAUAUUAUUGGAUGGGAUAAAACUUUGAUGGUCGACGCCAACCAAGUCUGGGAAGUACAGGAAGCCAUCGACUGGAUGAAAGAAUUGGCCAAAUACAAACCACUCUGGAUUGAAGAACCCACAUCACCCGAUGACGUACUCGGUCACGCCGAAAUCUCCAAAGCCCUCAAACCCCUUGGAAUCAGCAUCGCUUCCGGUGAAAUGUGUUGUAACAGAGUAUUAUUCAAACAGUUCUUACAAACUGACGCCAUCCAAUAUUGCCAGAUCGAUUCCGCUAGGAUUGGUGGAAUCAAUGAGAUUCUAUCUGUAUACUUGAUGGCUCAAAAAUUGGGAGUAAAAGUAUGUCCUCACGCUGGCGGUGUUGGUCUCUGUGAAAUGGUACAGCAUUUACAAAUGUGGGACUACGUCUCUCUGUCUGGAACCUCCGAAGGUAAAUGGGUAGAAUACGUCGAUCAGCAGCACGAGCACUUUGUGCACCCAACCAUAAUUGAAAACGCCCAUUAUUUAGCUCCAAGGGCUCCCGGUUAUAAUACAGAACUAAAGAAGGAAGCACUUGAAGGCUACGUUUACCCUAACGGAAAAGAAUGGGAAAGCAUGUUUGCUAAAGGAAUAUUCAGUGAUCCAAGAAAAGCAAAAUAAAUUAAAAAAUACAUUGGAACAUAUUACUCUUCUGUUUUUAUGAAGAAAUAAAGUAUACAUAA